AUGGAGAAGUCUCGCAAAGACCACGAUGAGGAGAUUCUGAGGCGUUUCGAAGAAACAGUCAUUGUCAAUGCGAAAGGACGAUACGAGGUAUGUCUCCCGUGGGUCGAGACACAUCCCAGUUUGCCGAACAACAGGGAGCUUGCAGAGAAGCGGCUCAUCACGACUACUAAGAAGCUGAAAUCGUCGGUGUUGUACGACGAAUACGAUCAAGUAUUCAACGACUGGCUAGCGGAAGGAAUCAUUGAGGUGGUGCCUGAUGAUGAGAUCGACCAAGAGGCACACUAUCUACCACAUAGAGGCGUCGUUAAAGUGGGUAGUACCACUUCUUUAAGACCGGAUUGGGGUCGUAGCUGA